AUGUCAUCCCACAAUGCCCUCGACAGCCCUGAGUCCUAUCAAAUCGCCUGGAUCGCUGCUCUUCCCAUCGAGCGGGCCGCUGCAGAAGCGAUGCUCGACGAGGAACAUGCAGCUCCAACCGGUUUUACUAGAAAUCAAGCCGAUACGAACGUUUAUACGUGGGGUCGUGUGGGAGACCACAACAUCGUCAUUGCCUCUUUGGCUUCUGGAGUCUACGGAACCACCUCGGCUGCGACCACGGCCUCGGGCCUGCUUGCCUCUUUGCCAUCCAUCCGUGUAGGUCUUAUGGUCGGCAUAGGCGGCGGCAUCGCUCGACCGGACAAGGACCACGAUAUCCGGCUAGGUGACGUUGUCGUGAGCCAGCCCAGUGGGACCAUGGGUGGGGUCUGCCAGUACGACUUGAUCAAGGCAAAGCCUGGUGACAAGCGUGAGCGCAAAGGCUUCCUCGGACGGCCUCCGACAGUCCUCCUCAAUGCGCUUGGCGGAAUCCAGGCCUACCACGAGCGAAAAACCUCCAAGGUUCCCUGCUUCCUUCAAGAAAUGCUGGAGAAGAACCCGAAGAUGGGCAAGAUAUCCAAGCGAAAGCCUGGCUAUAUUCACCAGGGCUUUGACAACGACCGCCUCUUCAAAUCUCCAUACGACCACAUCCCCGGCCCCGACUGUCAGGGGUGUGACGCGGCUGAUGAGGUUCAACGCGAUACUCGAGACACUACAGACCCGGAUAUCCACUAUGGGACCAUUGUAUCCGGCAACACACUCGUCAAAGACGCCGCCGCUCGCGAUCGGAUUAUCGCUGACCUCGGCGAGGAUUGCAUCUGCUUUGAGAUGGAAGCGGCUGGCCUGAUGAACCACUUUCCCUGUCUUGUGAUCCGAGGUAUCUGCGACUACGCCGAUUCUCACAAAAAUGAUCGAUGGCAACGCUACGCCUCGGCGACCGCCGCUGCAUAUACAAAAGAACUUCUGACCUACGUGCCGGCUGCGGAGGUCAAAGAGACCAAGAGGGCACUGGAAGUGCUUCAGUCAGUCCAACAACAGAUUGCUGGCGUGCAGCAAACGACAACUGCAACGAAAGCUGCAACUGAUUCCAUCAGGACUGAUCUUCGUACCGAUAAGAUCAGGGGCUGGCUUUGUCCCCCGGAUCCGUCUACGAAUGCCAACCACGCGAAGACGCUCCGCCAUGAGGGGACAGGCGUGUGGCUCCUGGAAAACCCGGUCUUCGAGUCGUGGCACUCGGGGUCGCGUCGACAAUUAUGGUUGCACGGGCUUGCGGGAUGUGGAAAGACGGUUCUUAGUGCGACUGUGCUUGAUCAUCUCGCGAAGGGAAAACACGGUCUAAUCCUUAGCUUCUUCUUUGACUUUAGCGACUCCACAAAGCAGACAUUGGAUGGCAUGUUGCGGUCGCUUGCUUUCCAACUUUACCAAGGCGGGGUCGGUUCUGCCAUUUAUCUUGAUACAUUAUUUCAAGCACACCAGAGUGGCGGCGGCCAACCUGCGACAAGUACGUUAUCAGAUAUUGUUUUCAAGAUGCUCGCAGUACAGAGAAAGGUCUCUAUCGUUCUAGACGCAUUGGAUGAAUCGAAAACAAAGGAUAAUGUCCUCCUGUGGAUCAAGGAUAUGAUGUCUAGGCCAUCGUUGGUCCAUAUCCAACUGCUUUAUACCAGUCGGCCUGAAUCCGAGUUUCUGCGCUACAUUCCCCCUUCAAUAGGAGAGCAAAGCUGCCUAAUAUUGGAUAAGCAAGCUGUCAACUCUGAUAUCCGAUCUUGGGUUACAGCACAACUUGCUCAACGGCGUGAUUUUGUAGAGAAGCCUUUGUCCCAAGAUCUACUUGAGGGGAUCCGAAGGAAGGUUGGUGACGGGGCUGAUGGGAUGUUUAGGUGGGCGUUCUGUCAAUUGGACAGUCUAGCUCGAUGUCGUCACGAAGCUUCUAUGGAGGAGGCUCUCGUAUCCUUACCGCUGAAUCUAAAUGAGACAUAUCGGUGCAUAAUUGCAAGCAUACCGAAGGAGCUAAAAAACGACGCGAUACGCCUCCUGCAAUUCCUAGUGCACUCCAAGCGACCACUCAAGCUAUCCGAGGCUAGAGAAGUAAUAGCGACGCAGAUCGAGAAUAAGUCGAGAGGGUUUGACACCAAGCGUCGACUGUUUUGCGACAAUGAUAUUCUGGAUUACUGUCACAGCUUAGUGACAGUCGUUCAUGGUACCGGUAAAGAACUACAUCUUGCCCACUUUUCCGUCAAAGAGUACCUUCUCGGAGAGAAUAAUUUCGAGAUUACGACUGCCAGCAUUUCCAUAGCGAAGACCUGCUUAACUUAUCUCACGGACAUCACCGGUAGCAACGAGCAUGAUUUUCCAAUGGCAAGGUCUGCGGCGGAACUUCUGACAGGCCAUGCUUGGUCCGCUCAGGCUUCCGAGGAGAUAGUUCAAAUGAUACUCAGGUUCCUAGAAAAUAAAGCAACAUUCCAACGAUGGACUGAUUUAAAUCAGGUUGAUAAUCGUUCGGUCUAUGACAUCUUUCGUCCGAGAGGUCCUAGGCUUUACUAUGCUUGCUUUGUUGGGCUCGUAGCCCCAGCACGACAUCUUGUUAGCCAGGGAGCGGAUGUCAACGCGCAGGGCGGCUACUACGGCAACGCUCUCCAGGCCGCCUCAACUGAAGGCCAUCAAGAGAUUAUCGAACUUCUUUUGGACAAAGGAGCGCACAUUAACGCGCAGGGCGGCUACUACGGCAACGCCCUCCAGGCCGCUUCCUACAGAGGCCAUCAACAGAUUGUCAUGCUUCUUUUACACAAAGGAGCGAAUGUCAACGCGCAGGGCGGCUACUACGGCAACGCUCUCCAGGCCGCCUCCACUGAAGGCAAUCAAGACAUUAUCAAACUUCUUUUGGACAAAGGAGCGCACAUUAACACGCAGGGCGGCAAGUACGGCAACGCUCUCCAGGCCGCCUCCAUUGACGGCUAUGAAGAGAUUAUCAAACUUAUUGUAGGCAAAGGAGCGGAUGUCAACGCGCAGGGCGGCUACUACGGCAACCCUCUCCAGGCCGCUUCCUACAGAGGCCAUCAAGAGAUUAUCAAGCUUCUUUUAGACAAAGGAGUGGAUAUCAACGCGCAGGGCGGCGAGUACGGCAACGCUCUCCAGGCCGCCUCAGCUGGAGGCAAUCAAGAGAUUGUGGAACUUCUUAUAGGCAAAGGAGCAGAUAUCAACGCGCAGGGCGGCGAGUUCGGCAACGCUCUCCAGGCCGCCUCAGCUAGAGGCCAUCAAGAGAUUAUCAAGCUUCUUUUAGACAAAGGAGCGGAUAUCAACGCGCAGGGCGGCUGGUACAGCAACGCUCUCCAGGCCGCCUCAGCUGGAGGCAAUCAAGAGAUUAUCAAACUUCUUAUAGGCAAAGGAGCGGAUAUCAACGCGCAGGGCGGCGAGUACGGCAACGCCCUCCAGGGCGCCUCCACUAGAGGCAAUCAAGAGAUUAUCAAGCUUCUUUUGGACAAAGGAGCGGAUGUCAACGCGCAGGGCGGCUGGUACGGCAACGCUCUCCAGAGCGCCUCCACUAGAGGCCAUAAAGAGAUUGUGGAACUUCUUAUAGGCAAAGGAGCGCACAUCAACGCGCAGGGCAGCGAGUCCAGUAACGCUCUCUAUGCCGCCUCCACUAGAGGCCAUCAAGAGGUUGUCAGGCUUCUUUUAGACAAAGAAGCGCACAUCAACGCGCAGGGCGGCUACUACGGCAACGCCCUCCAGGCCGCCUCAGUUGGAGGCCAUCAAGAGAUUCUUGUAGGCAAAGGAGCGCACAUCAACGCGCAGGGCGGCGAGUCCAGUAACGCUCUCUAUGCCGCCUCCACUAGAGGCCAUCAACAGAUUGUGGAACUUCUUAUAGGCAAAGGAGCAGAUAUCAACGCGCAGGGCGACUACUACGGCAACGCCCUCCAGGCCGCCUCAGUUGGAGGCCAUCAAGAGAUUGUCAAGCUUCUUGUAGGCAAAGGAGCGCACAUCAACGCGCAAUGCGGCCACUACGGCAACGCCCUCCAGGCCGCCUCCAUUGGCGGCCAUCAAGAGACUGUCAAACUUCUUGUAGACAAAGGAGCGGAUCUCAACGCGCAGGGCGGCUACUACGGCAACGCCCUCCAGGCCGCCUCAGCUGGAGGCCGUCAAGAGAUUGUUAAACUUCUUGUAGGCAAAGGAGCGGAUAUCAACGCGCAGGGUGGCGAGUACGGCAACGCUCUCCAGGCCGCCUCAGCUAGUAGCCGCCAAGAGAUUGUCCAAAUGCUCCAAAUAAUGGGCGCUAUUCCACUGUCCUCAAAGCGGUCCGGCUCUAGGUUUCUAACCAACCCGGCGAAGAAAAUUCGUCUGAUUGGCUUUGAAUCUUCUGGUCACACUCAAUGA